AUGGUGAUGUGCUUCAUCUGCGAGCGCCAAUGGGACGCGACCGAGGGAAUCCUCGGGGAGGAGACGGAGCUGCCUGGCGGAGGGGAGGUGGCGGAAGUCUCCGCCGCCGGAGUUCGGGUCAAGAGGGAUUUUGGGAUGUUGGGGCAAGAGAAGAUGCUGACGCAGGAUUUGUUGCCGUUUCUUGAUGUCGAUGCCGGGGCCGCGUCGGUGCGCUUGGGCGAGCGCGUGGGUGCCUCAGCCCAGCGGAGCGUCGUCAGUCGCCCGGCUGCGGCCCUGGAAGACCCUCUGGAAACGGCAAGUGGGGGCCAUUUCGUUGCUUUCGAAUUCGAUCACUGGGACCUGGGCCGGCUACUGGACGAGCAGGCUGCGUGGAGGCACCGGUUUCGAGAUGGCCCUUCGGAGUCCUCCCUGAAGGCAGUCUUCGCCCGGCGCGGGCUCAGGCUGGACGAUGGCACUGUCAAGUGCUGGGGUUACAACAACCAAGGCCAGUUGGGCCUGGGCACCACCGAACAAAUGGGCGAUGGAACCAGUGAGAUGGGGGACUACCUCCCUGCCGUGCUGGACGACGGCACUGUCAAGUGCUGGGGUUUCAACUCUUACGGCCAGUUGGGCCUGGGCACCACGGACAGUAUGGGUGACGGAAGCCAUGAGAUGGGGGACUACCUCCCUGCCGUGUCCCUCGGCACGGGGCGCUCCGCAGUGGAAGUGGCUGCUGGUGCAUGUGCCAGGCUGGACGAUGGCUCGGUCAAGUGUUGGGGCCGCAACAGACAUGGCCAGUUGGGCCUAGGCACCACCGACAAUAUGGGCGAUGGAAGCAGUGAGAUGGGGGACUACCUCCCUGCCGUGUCCCUCGGCACGGGGCGCUCCGCAGUGGAAUUGGCUCCUGGUGAUACGCACACAUGUGCCAGGCUGGACGACGGCGCUGUCAAGUGCUGGGGCUACAACCUUCGCGGCGAGUUGGGCCUGGGCACCACCGACUAUAUGGGCGAUGGAAGCAAUGAGAUGGCCGACCACCUUCCUCCCAUUGACAUUAUCAUGCCAACCACAACCACAACCACAAGCAAAACAAGCACGAGCAGCACGACCGGCACCAGCUCCACCAGCCACCACAAGCACGAGCACCAGCGGCAGCACAUCCCGAACCAGCUCCACCUCUACAACAGGCACCACAAGUACGACCACAUCCAGUUAUACCAGCACCUCAACUCUGACCUCCACGACAUCCACCCUGACAAUCACCAGCAGCCGCAGCAGCAGUACAACCACCACAAGUACGAGCACCUCCACAUCAUCUGUCUCGCAAACCAGCAGGACCACAACGACGCGUAG